AUGCCUGUGUUGCUCCCCACGGCCGACCGCGCCCAGGAAUCGCGGGUCGGGGCUCCCGAAUGGCGCCAGGAGGCCUUCAACACGUAUCGCAAGGCGCACCUCCUGACCGAACGCUGUGGCCAGGAGGCAGUGACCAUGUGGCAGCCCAAGGACAGUGUGCUGGACCCGAACGUGGCGCAUCACCUGGGCCGGGCUGCCUACAUGGAGCCCUGGCGCUUCCGGGUGGAGAUGACCAUAGGCGGCGGCACCCUGGAGAGGCCACCGCCCGGCGAGGGCGUCACCCUGUGGAAAGGGAAGAUGAAGCCCCCGGCCUGGCACGCGCGCCUGCCGCUGCCUAUGCACCGCCUCGCGCGGGCCCAGCAAACGGCGGAGGUGGUGUACGCGCACGCGCGCGGGGCGCGCCUCACCGCCGCCCGCCUGGGCCGCGCGCAGCACCAGGUCAAUGGGCAGCUGCGCCUGCUGCUGCGCCAGCGCGAGGCCAGCGACCGCAGGCUCAGCGAGGUGCGCAAGGGCUUGCUCAUCAACCAGCAGAGCGUCAAGUUGCGGGACCUCCGACCCAAGCCUGAGAAGAUCCCCGACAAGGCGGACAAGAUGCUUGAAUGGGAGAAACAGGAACUGAAGAUCAUGAAGAGAAAAAUGGAAAAAGACAUGGAAAAAUCAGAGACCUUGCUCAAGGCUCUGGCCUCCUGCAGGGAUACUCUGGACUUCUACUGUCAGGAAAGGCUGCAAGCCGUGGAACUCAUGAACCAGCCGCUGGACAAGGUUCUGGAGCAGGCUGGCCGCCACUCGUGGGUGGACAUCACGCGACCCCCAACUCCUCGAACUCAGGGCCAGAAAACGCCUCCCCCUGACCCCAUUGGCACAUACACCCCAGCAUGUGCUAAGGCCUUGUUUGAAGCCAAGCGCUUGUUGAUGGAGUCCAAGGACACCUUAGCAGAGAUGGCAAAGAACGAGGCGGAAAUUCGAAAUCAACAACAGGAUAUAAGCGACCGAGUAUGCGCCAGCCUAUCCCAGAAGAUGCGGGAGACCUUGGAGCUGAAGGAAAGGAUGACCAUGACGUUAGGGCUGAUGAGAGGUACUCUCCACCGGUGCAUGAAAUUCAAUCAAGAGAUGUACGUCACCCGGGGCAUUAUCAAGGGUCCCCUGCUGAAAAGAGACCUGGAGGCUCGAGAGAAACUGAACAGACCCAUGGUCCGCAUGUAUCAGAGACACGUGGGAACCCAGCUCCCUGAGGCCACACGCCUUGCCCAGGGUACUGACAAGCUGAUGCGCCACAACUUGCAAAUGGAAACGAACUUAGAAGACCUCCGUUCAACGCACGACAACCUCGCCUGGAGCCUCAACUGCAAGAGGAUCGGACAUGACGUGGACUACGAUGUGGUGCGCCUGCGCCUACGCCAGCGUCACCCACAGGUGUGCUAUGAGCAGGCGCAGUGCGUGGCCAACGAGUGGGGCCCUCGCCGCCGCCCAGCCAAUACCACAGCCAAGUGACCACCUCUAGCCUUGGGCUCGGGCGGUUGAAGAGGAUGCCCCGAGCUAGAUGGCCCUUCCUCCCCUCUGACUUACCUUCCCUCCAAAAGGCCUUUAGCAGAACUACAAUUAAAUAUAUUGACAUUUAUUAGG